GAGACGAUCAUGUUGAGCAUGCUUCCUCAUUUGUUUUUCAUAUGUUUUUUUCCACUUCGAUGCCACUCGUAGUUUAAGUUUUGACAUUGUUCUUUGUUCAAGGCAGGACUUGAAGCCUUCUACCAAAAUGUUGGUCUCGUUUGGUCGUCGACCUGCAAUUGCAAUUGGUGUCCACCUCGUUGCUCUCUGGUGUAGUUUCUUCACCAGUCUGCUCGUCGUCCUCCCUGACAAUGCUGCAGCAGCUGGGGCGGCUGGUUCCACUACGGCAGGACGAGUGCCAGCACCACCUGCAGGAACACAACCUGUUGCAAAAGACCUCAAAGAACAGCCCGACCUCGCCGAGCAGACCCGCCUCUGCGAACUCUACGGCAUGAACUACGAUAAUUUCCAGGAAACCAAACUGGUCCGCAAAAUCAAGAAGAAGUAUUACGACAAAGCGGCGCUGUAUCACAGGAAAAAAGUGUUACAGUUACACAUCAUUCACUUUCAGCAUCACAAAGUUGCUCUGCAUGGCAAGGAAAACUUGUAAUGCACAGACUCCAAGGGAAAACACGAACGAAAUAGGGCUUGCAAGCAUUUCCUGCAUGACAGAGGUUGUCUGUCUUGCUUGCCUUGCGUCAGAGUGUGUAGCUGUAACACUUUUUUCUCAGGAUACGUUAGAUGCCGGCGACCCGGAGCAAACCGUGAACGUCCCCUGGAUCCCCGAGGGCCAUAAGAUGGUGAACAAAAAGCAUUUAUGCAUUGCAAAAGCAUCGUACUAGUAUGAAUUGCAUCACAAAUUCAUUUUGCAAGAAGAAAAGUGGAAUUUGUGAUGCUGUUUUACCUUAGGAGUGAGAUUUGUCAUGCAUAUUUGCAAUUAGUACGAGCAGGAGCACGAUAUUUUUGCACAGCAUAGCACUGGACUUCCGCGAUCCAACUCUUCCUGCAAGCCAUCCGCCACGAACCCUUCCGGCCCGACGCGUGGCAACUGUAUGGGGCGACCAACGCAGGUUUCGCGUUUGAGUUGAUGGUAUCAACUGCAAAAAUGUCUUGGUCUGGAAAAAUGCCAGACUUGUCAUGCAGGUUUUCCAUGGCCCAUGAGGUCUGGCAUGCAGGACAUAGCAUGACAGAUUCUGUGAGAGUUCUAUCAUGUUGCCUAUCCUGCAUGAGAAACAACUGCCUCUCAAUUAGGUCGAAAGUGGCCAGCUUUUGGUAAUCACGCAACACAGAUCUUCUACAUGAUUUAGAUUUAGCAUGACAAGUUGCUUUGUUCCAGACCCAGACAUUUUUGCAUUUGAUACAUGGAAAAAAUGCAGGAAAGGGAAAAGGAGAUGAACUUCAAAACACAAAGGGAACUAUGAACUGCAAGAAAAGUAUCGUACUCGUAUAAAUGCAUGACAAAUUCCCUCAGUGUGAGAAAUGAAAUUUGUAGUGCCGAUUUACCUUGUCCUUGAGAAAAAAAUUUGCAAUGCAUAAAUGCAAUUACUACGAGUGCGAUACUUUUGCACAGGAUAGGAACUCCAGAUGGUCCGAGAGAAACAAAACCUCCACCUUGUCAUAUGUAAAAACGUCCCCACCCCAUGGUCAAGGUGGAAAAUCUGCUACACAAAUUCACCAGCUUUGGCGGUUGCGCAUGACAAGUUUGGCGUCGCAGUGUGCUCCUGUUUAGCUAGUUCAGCAGCAUGACAGAGCUCGCGUAAGAUGCUGACUUUAGCAUCACAAAUCCGACAACACGACUAGAACACGCGUCUCAUGGGGCUCCACAUGAGAAACAUUUUGAGCAUGCAGAUUUGCAUGACAACUAUUUGCAUUGCAUGACAGCUAUCAUGGGGUGGCGGGGACGUUUUUACAUAGGAUACACCUCCCGCCGCCCGCGGCGACCCCCGGGAUGCUGAGCGACGAGGACUUUGCGGCGUUCCGAACGUACAUGCGGGAAAACCAGUUGAAUAUGGGAGUGUCAGGAUUGAAAUCGUCAAACUUCGAAUAAUUUGUAAUGCAGAAAAUGCAUGACGCGAGGCACGUGUGUUGCAGAGCAGGCAAGUGAGGCCGAUUGUAAGCCUGUUUGUCGUUAGCGCUCGAGCUGCUAAAGCAGCAUGAGAAAAUCAGUCUUCAUCUUUGCCUAAACAGCAUGACAAGCUGGAUUUUAGAACCUCCAAAAUUUGUCAUGCGCCACUUGGCAACUGGGUUCCGAUUGGCAUCCAUUUUAUGCAUGACAAAUCAUUUCAACUUUGUCAAUUUCAAUCCUGACGCUUCCAUAUUGAAGGCAAUGCAGUUAUUAAAGGAAGCGCUGGCCAGCUGGGACGUCGCUUUUUUAAUGGAUUUGCCGACGCUGGAGCGGGAGAACAUCAAGGCGCACUACUGGCAGGCGUUUUCGUUACUCAGGAAAAUGAAGGGAAACAAAAAGGCCUACGUCGCGAAGGAGAAACCCUGGGAGUCGGAUCCGGGGGAGUAUUUCGGAGUGGACAAAGAUAACAAGGAACAAAUACAAAACGAAGAUCACCAGUCUCCUGAAGAAGGAGAUGAUGAACGAGAUGACACCGAUGGUCCUCACAGCAAAAGCAGCUCGUCCGUAAAAGGAAAAAAGAACAAGAAAAGCAAAAAGAAGAAAAAGUCAUGGCUCGGAACCUCCCAAUAGAAUAGCUCGUCGGAAAAUUUUAGUUGAUUUCACUGGGGAAUGAUUUUCGUUUCCGGGCACCUGACCGCGUCCGACACAGCUACAUCGCCGGGCAAAGCGGUCCGACUACACCUGCGGAGAAGUUGAUGUCCCACCUUUGGGCCGCCCAAAAGUGAAAGCUAAAGCUUCAGGUUGAAAAAGUGAAACCUCGCUGAGAUUUCACUUUCUGAGACUUUGAGGCAGUCGUAGUUUUGGUCGUUUGUCAAAAAGUGAAACUUCGCUGAGAUUUUACUUUUUGAGCGCAUUUUUUAAAAGAUCUCAUUUUUGGGCCACCCCGCGCAAGCGUGAGAUUCCGAAAAAAGUGAAAUCUCAUUGAGAUUUCACUUUCUGCACUGGAGCCCAGUGCGCCAUGGAAACAGUGGAAUUUCACUUUUGGAAAGUGAAAUUUUGGAAAAAGUGAAAUUUCACUGGAAAGUGAAAGUUUUCAAAAAGUGAAGCUUCACCUUUUGAAGGUCUCAUGUUUUAGCCGCCCAAAAGUGAAAUUUUUCAAAAAGUGAAAUUCCAGUGGAAUUUCACUUUUCAAAAGUGAAAUCCCACUGGAAUUUCACCCAUUUCCCAGUGCGCCACUGGGAAAUGGGUGAAAUUCCAGUGGAAUUUCACUUUNUUCAGCCAUUUCCCAGUGGCGCACUGGGCUCCAGUGCGGCACUGGAGCCCAGUGCGCCACUGGGAAAUGGGUGAAAUUCCAGUGGAAUUUCACUUUUUCCAAAAUUUCACUUUUUGAAAAGUUUCACUUUCGGAAAGUGAAACUUUGGAAAAAGUGAAAUUCCAGUGAAAUUUCUGUCAGAAGACCGGUGGUCUGAUGUUCCACGAUGCUAAAGAGCAUGAAGAUCCUUCCCGUUUUGGUCCUGUUUGGACAUAAGAAGAUGAUCAGAUGAUGAUGAAUAGAUGAUGUACUCAGCUCGUGUUUCAGCACAAGAUGACGAUGUGCUUUCCGCAUGCACCGAUGCAAGUGCAUGAACUGAAUCGAUUCACUUUGGACCUUGUACCUUCAGGCUAAAAAGCCUGAAGGUACAAGGUCCAAAGUGAAUCGAUUCAGUUCAUGCACUUGCAUCGGUGCAUGCGGAAAGCACAUCGUCAUCUUGUGCUGAAACACGAGCUGAGUACAUCAUCUAUUCAUCAUCAUCUGAUCAUCUUCUUAUGUCCAAACAGGACCAAAACGGGAAGGAUCUUCAUGCUCUUUAGCAUCGUGGAACAUCAGACCACCGGUCUUCUGACAAUUUCACUUUUUGAAAAAAGUGAAAUUUUGGAAAAAGUGAAACUUCACUGUAAUUUCACCCAUUUCCCAGUGGCGCACUGGGCAGUGAAAUAGAAAUUCCAGUGGAAUUUCACUUUUUGAAAAAUUUCACCUUUGGGCGGCUAAAACAUGAGACCUUCAAAAAGUGAAAUCUCACUGAGAUUUCACUUUUUUUCAGUGCCGCACUGAAAAAGGGGUGAAAUCUCAGUGAGAUUUCACUUUCGGAAAAAAAAGUGAAAUCUCAGUGAGAUUUCACUUUCAGAAAGUGAAACUUCGCCGGGAUUUCGCUUUUUUUCAGUGCCGCACCGAAAAAGGAGUGAAAUCUCACUGAGAUUUCGCUGCGUUUUGAAUUUCCAGUCGGGCUCCAUCCUUCCCUCCCUUUUCUGAAGCAAAUGGCGUGAAGGCAUUUUUAAGAGUGUGCAUGUAGUGCACAGGCACAGGAAUUCAUAUUGUAUAUAUACGCUUUGUAUUAUUCUUAUGGUAUAUGAGUCGUAGUGGUAUUGGUAGGAGAUCAUGGCCCGCGCAGCAUUUCAUUUGUAUGGGGGCAUUUAUGAAACAGGGAGCGCCACGUUGGGUAGGUGCCCGUGUGAAGUAUUGCCGUUUUCGCCUCCCAGUGUUUUGCAGAAAAAUUUUCCGGUGAAGAGGGGGGGGCUUUUCCGAUCCAUGGAAAAAGUCUUCUUCUUCAUCCGGCGCCAGUAGUACAACUACAAAGAAAUCUGAAAAACGAACACUACGAUCCGGAGCUGGGCUCGAGAUGUUUGAGGCCAGCGCGAAGGCUGCAGUGGCCGUGAGUGCGGAGGCCGAUGGCGUGUCGAUGCAGGAAAAAAUGACGAAGGAUGUAUCGACGGUAAGUGUAGAUUUGCAGGAGCCGUGCACGACGCACACUAAAUGCUGGCAACGCAGCAACAUGAGUGACAGAGAGGACCUGAACUCUUGCGAUUUUUACUCAAGCAUGAUGAUCAACAGCAUGAAAACGACUCUGAUCUUAGACCAGCAAAUUUGAAUUUGUGAUGCAUCUCGUACUACGUGGUGGUACACGGCAAUCCAAAGCAUUUGUAUUGCAUAAUUAGACGAGAACGAGCUGAACUCCAACGUAAUUUACGACUGCAUGCUUCAAGACGAAAUAGAGGAGUAUGAUGAUGACGAUACCACCAGCAAGGACAUGAAGCAAAAGAACACCGAGUGCAACAUCUUCCAGCUGGCAUUGUCCGUCGCUUGGUCGGUGAAAGCCGAGUACGCGCGGGACCAGUACCCCUCCGCUUUAAUCUCCGACGAGCGAUUCGUGAACAAAACCGCGGAUGGGACUGACCAUCGGUAUCUCGGUGCCGCGAACUUCCUCUGCGGUUCGGUGGACAAUUUGGCGUUUGAGUUUUCGAAAAAGGAGAAGAAGUCCGGGAUGAUUUUGUCCGCCCGGAAAAUGCGGAAAAUGCUCAUUAUCUUCUACACCUGCGGGGUGCUGAACAUCAAAAACGCGUUCGAGCCGGAGUUAAUCGAGUGGGUUGGGAAGGCGUAUCCACAGUAAAUUUCCCGUACACGUACAAAUGCAGUCACUGCAUGACAAAACUUGCCAUCAAUCCUAGUCUAGCAUGACAAGUUGGACACUGCAAGUUAGCGCAAUUUGUCAUGCAUUUUGUACAUGUACAGGAAAUUUGUAUUGCAUAAAGCGCAGAAGGAACACAUCAAGUGGAAGGUGAAAAACACGAAGAAUUUGGAGAAAUUGCAGUUACGCAGCGCAAAAGUAUUGCACUCGUGUCAUGCAUGACAAAUAUCUUCCCCAGCUGGAAUCAGCAUUACAAAUUCCCCUUUUCCUCUUGCCAAAGUUUGUGAUGCAGCGAGCGCAUGCCAGUUCGAUACCGUUUGCAAUGCAUAACAGUCUUUCCGGGGGGAUUGGAACAAGGCGAUCAGUGAAGAGGGGUCGGCGGAGGUACUGUUUCAAAAUAUGAACGGGGACGACGAGGAUAACGGAACGACUUCUCCUUCGGAAGGCGAAGGUGGCGAGGAGCAUGAUGCUGCUGAAGACGAUGAAGCGGAUGGAGCUGGCGCCAGCGCUCCUUCAUCGUCAUCCUCAAAACCAUCUUCGAAAACUUCGACUUCGAAAAAGGCAAAGCCCAAGAACAAAAAUGGCAAGAAGGGGGCAAAAAAGUCGAGAUUACUUUUAACCCAGACGGAGCUGCACGACGCGGCACCGAGAUCUUCUGGCCGAUACGAAGUCCGGCUGCCGUUUGAGAAACCGUUUAUCUGUGAAAUAUCCACAGUAAAUUUCCCGUACACGUACAGAUGCGUUCUGUGCAUGACAAAACUUGGCAGCUUCAGUCCUAGUUUAGCAUGACAAGUUUUACGGCGCUCCACAUGGGUCAAAUUUGUGAUGCAUCUUGUACAUGUACGGGAAAUUUGUAUUGCAUAUGAAAGUCUUAUUGGCAACAAGAUGGUUUUGUACUUCAUUUCCAUGCUGUUGAAGCCGAAAGUGGAGAUCGACGAGUUCUUAUCCACAGAAAAAAAAAUCAUCCUUAUCCACUUUUUGCAUGAUAGACGCUGGGUUUUAUGUAUGUUUUGCAUGACAAACUGGAUGGGGAUGGUUUUUGUUUGUGGAUAGUUCUCCUACGUCCAAUCCGAAGCGAACACCCCUCCGAUGCACUGGCACCAGGACGUUGAUCCGGUCUAUUCCACCCAGGUGUUCGCGUCUGGUGGAGAAAAGCUGUUUGUUGACCCAACGGACGGGAAAGCUUCGAUGAUGGCAACGGUUCCCGCGAGUAACACGCCGCAAUUUGGGGUGCAACUGCCACCCAGUUCGAUCGUCAUGAUCGUACCGUUACGGAACUUAACGUACGUAUCCUGUGUAAAAACGUCCCCACACCACAGUUGUCAUGCAACUCUGCAUGCUUAAAAUGUUUCUCAUGCGGAGCCCCACCAGAAGCAUUUUCCAAUGCGGUUUGGAAAUCUGCAAUGCGGCAAUCAGCAUGAGGUACUAGAUCUGUAAUGCUGCUUACCUAGCUCAAACAGCACUACACUACGCGUCCAAAUUUGUCAUGCGAAAGAGCCAAAGCUUAUGGAUUUGUCUAGCGGAUUUCCCAUCUUGACUCUGGUGUGGGGACAUUUUAACUCAGGAUACUACGCAGACGGACCGACGGAAUUUCUGACCGGGUCCCAUGUCCACAUCGCACCACGCCAUUUUUGGAGUGAGCAGAUCGCAAGGUAUCGAACUUUUAUUGGGGAGGAAUCGUUUGAAGACUCAGGAGCGGAGUAUUCGAAGAACGGGACGAAACUUCAGCAGAUGAAUAAGACCCUCGAGGAAGAAAUUGAAGAGUACAAGGAGAAGAUGAAGCAGAACCGUCUCCCCAUCCCCCCUCGGAUCUCCUUCGAGUCCACGGUCGGCGCGGUCACGUUUAUGGACCUAUGCAUUGCAGAAAUGUCUGGGUCCUCUGGAAACAUGGAACUUGUAAUGCUAGUCCUACAUUCCUGUAAGAUCUGUAUUGCAUGACCAACAAAGUAGAAACGCGCUCUCUUGUCAUGUAAAAGCGCAGCUUGUCAUGCGGACUGCGCAUGACAAAGCGUUCGGCAAACUUGUCAUGCUUGGCUGCCUUUGGAAGUGGUAUUUUAGUCGUGCACAGUUCAGCAUCACAAGUUUCCAGAUCCAGACACUUUUGCAUUGGAUAGGACUUGCGGUUGCACCACCGGGCGUUGGCGAACCGGAACAAGGAGAAUUAUCCUGUGCAAAAGUAUCGUACUUGUAUUGCAAACAUGCAUUACAAAUCCUUUUCUUAAGGUCAAUCCGCAUUACAAAUUUUAUUUCUCAUGCUGAGGAAAUUAUUUGUAAUGCGUUUUAUACUAGUACGAUACUUUUGCAGUUCAUAAGAAUCUACCCAGGCCGAUUCUGUACAUCUCGUAUGUCAGGGAUUGGUUCAAGGAUUCGGUGAAUUUCAAGGAACUCCACUCCGGGCUGUUCGACGAGUUGGGGAGUAACGUGCUGCGGAAAUUGCUGAUGCGGGUGGAGACGCGGAACUACGUGCAGUCGUUGAGAGAUUUUGUGGCGACAAAGAUGAACCAGCAAGAUCGAGAUGAUGUUGCGUCUCCAGGUGUUAGUACGACAUGCCUUGUCGGAAACGUGACCACCGCUUCGGCUCCUCCAGUGUCCUCUGGCGCAUCCAAAUCUGCAACACAAGGGGAAGCUGCACCAGCAGAUUUGGAGCAGCUGAGGAAGCAGAUCCGGGAGGAGGAGAGGGAAAAAUUACGAAGCGAAGUUACCGAGGAAGUGUUGGGGAAUUUGCUCGGGGUGUUGCGACAGGGAUUGACAUCAACCUCGGCGGGUGGAGAACCUUCUUCGACUACUUCAACGAGGACUGCCAUUCAAUACCGCGCACCACAACAAGAUGCACACAACGCACCUGCACGACCCCCUCCCCCGCCAAAAGCACCACAAGGACGAGCCGCCACAGGCGCAUCUUCAGGAGCCACGACCACAGCAGACAUGAGGACGGCACAGACGAGCACUCAAGAUGAUAACUACGUGCAACCAACAUCAAAGCCAUUUUAUUCCAUGCCUUCCAUAUCCCCGAGCACGGGUAGCUACGUGCAGGCCGCGCUGGGGUUGUGGCACGAGAGCGAGUACGCCGGUGGGGCGCAAAGGGAAGACGCGCCGGAGAUCAUUGACUGAGAUGUAGUUGGUGGUGCCCAGUAACAAAUUGAAAGAACAAUAUACGGAGGUUGUCGGGAAACAACUAGCAGGAAAUAAAAGUACCUACAGGAGCUGCUGGCUCUUGGCUUUGUAUCUGUCUAUAAGUAAAAGCUAGUGGAUGAACAUGAAGAUGUAGUGUGGAAAAAGAAGAUGAACGAAACCGCAUAUUAAAAGGCUUCGACCAACGCAAUGGCGCUGUAGGUACGAU